AUGGCAUCUACACUUUCUCAAGAUGAAGACAACUAUGUCAGAAUGUGCUUGUUGAUGACGGGUAUAUCUACUCGUGCAGCAAGAAUUGUAUUUGAUCAUGAAAUGGCUCCAUCAUGCUUGAAUUCCACACUGAAUAAAAAGUAUAACAUACUGAAAAAACUUCGAAAUGAAGGGAAAAUAAACCAGAUCCAGUGGAAUCUCCUGUUCCGGAAUAAACCUGAUGUUCCUGAUUCUAAAACGUUUGAUGUAACUCUAAUGAUAACUUUACUUAGGCACCUAACAGAUCUGACCCCUCCUGGUGGAUAUGACCUUCUACCAUCUUCUAAUGAAACAACACCAUUAUCAGAUUUAGCCAGAAUAAAAUAUUACAGAAACUUCCUAGCUCACCUGGUUGAGGAGAAAAUAGAAGAUACAGAGUUCCUCACAGGAUGGGACAUUGUCACUAAUGCUAUCAGUAGAUUAGGUGGAAUAACAAUGAAGCAGGAGUGUGAUUACUUGAAGGUGAAGAUACUUGACCAGAGUAGUCGGGAAAUAAUCCAACAAAUUAAACGUUCAAAUGAUGAAAUAAAGGAACUGAAAAAGUCAAUGGAGAGCUUGAGCACAGAAAUGAAAAAGUUAGAAAUGUCUCUUGAAAAUACAGUACCUUGGAAUAUUAGGGUUGAAAUUAAAGAGAUCCUUGAUGAGUGGAAGGAUAAUGAUAAGAUGUUUAUAACAACCAUGGCUGCAAAAAACGUACUAAAAUAUAUAAAGGAGAACAGUUGUGUAACUAUUACUGCUAGUUCUGGCGUAGGGAAGACGGCCACACUCAAACAUGUGGCAUUGCAGAUGGAACUAGAAGAGUAUUAUUUACUUCCAGUGACAGCCCCAGAUGACAUUAUCAAGUUUAAUAACCCAGAACAGAAAACACUGUUUGUUAUAGAUAAUUUAUGUGGAAACUAUUCUUUAAACCAGAUCGACAUUAAGGCUUGGGAACCUUACAUGGAGAGAAUCAAAAAGAUCCUUUCGAAUAAACUUUCUAAAAUAAUUGUAGCAUGUCGAUUACAAGUGUAUCAGGAUGAAAAAUUUAAAUCUUUGUCGGUUUUCAUGUCAUACGUAUGUAACCUACAAUCAGCAGACAUGCGCUUGUUAAAAGCUGAAAAGGGGUCAAUAGCUGAGUUUUAUCUUAAAACAAAAGCUCCUGAGGUUAUAGAAUAUUAUGAUUUAUAUGAUUGUUUCCCACUUUUAUGUAAAUUGUAUCAUGCAAAUCCUUCAUAUAACAUAAAAGAUUUCUUCCAAAAUCCUUUUACAGUGUAUGAAGCAGAGAUUGACAUGUUACAGAAAAAGGGAUUUUACAGUAAAUACUGUGCUUUGGCUCUAUGUGUCAUAUUUAACAAUAAUUUGAAUAAAGAAAUAUUAACAGAGGAGAUGAACAGAGAAACAAGAGCUAUAAUUAAGAACACAUGUGAGGCAUGCAGACUGGACAGAGGGACGUCAAGGCUUACUUUACAGGAUGACCUAAACUCAUUCAUACAUACAUUCUUGAAAAAGGAACAAAACAUAUACAAAGCUAUACAUGAUAAAAUAUUUGACUUUCUGGUGUACUACUUUGGAAAGAAAAUAAUUGGCUGCUUGAUAAAGAAUGCACAAAGUGGUUUAAUAAGUGAAAGAUUUUUGUUAGAACGACAAAAUAAUAUGAAUCAAUUUAUAACAAUUGUGCCCCGUAAAUACCAUCAAAUAUAUACACAAAGAAUAAUUGAGGACUGGUCAAAGGGUGAAGUCAAUGCUGUAUUUUCUAACAUCAAUAUGGAGAUACCUCAGUUCAGAAAAAAAAUUCUCUGUUGUUUGAAUAAACUGGACACAUCUUACCAGAGAAAAUUAGCUCAUAUAUGUGAUGUGGAAAACAACGAUACUGCUCUGUUAAUAUCAUGUUUAAAAGGCGACAUUCCCAUGAUUCACUGGUGUCUUAAUCAUGAUGUGGAUGUUAAUCAGUGUAGCAAUGAUGAGGAAACUCCAUUGAUAUUAGCUGUCAAUGAAGGAUGGACAGAAACAGUAAAAUUGAUGCUAAACAAAGGAGCAGAUUACAAAAAAUGUGACAGCAGAGGUGUAUCACUUGUUAUGCGAGCUUGUAGAUGUGGAAAUACUGAAAUUGUAAGGGUAUUGUUAGACAAGGGGGCAGAUUAUAAUAAAUGUGACAACGAAGGUGUGUCACCUAUUACUAGUGCUUGCAUACAUGGACAUACAGAAAUAGUUAGGAUGUUGUUAGACAUUGGAGCAGAUUUUAAUUGCUUUGACAGAAAUGGUCGGUCGCCUGUAAAAGUUGCUAGUGGAUAUGGAUAUACAGAAAUAGUAAGGAUGUUGUUAGACACGGGAGCAGAUUGUAAUGCAUGUGACAGAAAUGGUUGGUCACCUGUAAAAGUUGCUAGUAGAUAUGGAAAUACAGAAGUAGUAAGGAUGUUGUUAGACAAAGGAGCAGAUUAUGAUAAAUGUGACAGUAAUGGUUGUUCACCCGUAAAGAUCGCUUGUAGUGCUGGACAUACAGAAGUAGUGAGGUUGUUGUUGGACAAAGGAGCAGAUUUUGAUAAAUGUGACAACAAUGGUUGGUCACCUUUAAAGUCGGCUUGUAGUGUUGGACAAAUAAGAGUAGUAAGGUUGUUGUUAGACAAAGGAGCAGAUUAUGAUAAAUGUGACAAUAAUGGUUGGUCACCUUUAAAUUCGGCUUGUUUUUAUAAGAAUACAGAAAUAGUAAAGAUGUUGUUAGACAUAGGAGCAAAUUAUAAAAAAUGUAACAAUAAAGGUUGGUCACCUGUAAUGAUUGCUUGUAGAUAUGGACACACAGAAAUAGUAGAGAUAUUGUUUAACAAAGGAGCUGAUUAUGAAGAAUGUGAAAAUGAAGAUGUCUGGUCACCUAUAUUAAGAGCUUGUUUUAAGGGACAAACAAAAAUAGUAAGGAUGUUGUUAGACAAAGGAGCAAGUUGUAAUAAAUGUAACAAUCAAGGUUGGUCACCUGUAAUGAUUGCAUGUAAAAAUAGACAUGCAGAGGUCGUAGAGCUAUUGUUUAACAAAGGAGCAGAAUAUGAUGAAUGUAAAAUUGUUGGCUGUUCACCUGUAAUAAGAGCUUGUUUUAAGGGACAUACAAGAAUAGUAAGAAUGUUGUUAAACAAAGGUGCAGAUUAUGAUAGAUGUAAUAAUGAUGGUUGUUCGCCUGUAUUGAUUGCUUGUAGAUAUGGAAAUAAAGAAAUAGUAAGGAUGUUGUUAGAUAAAGGAGCAGAUUAUGAUAAAUGUAAUAAUGAUGGUUGUUCGCCUGUAUUGAUUGCUUGUAGAUAUGGAAAUAAAGCAAUAGUUAGGAUGUUGUUAGACAAAGGAGCAGAUUAUAAUAAAUGUAACAAUGAUGGCUGUUCACCGGUAUUUGGAGCUAGUAGAUAUGGACAUACAAAAAUAGUAAGGAUGUUGUUAGACAAAGGAGUAGAUUAUAAUAAAUGUGACAAAGAUGGUUGUUCACCUGUAAUGAAAGCUUGUAUUUUUGGACAUACAGAAGUAGUUAAGAUGUUGUUAGACAUAGGAGCAGAUUAUAAUAAAUGCAGUUGGAAUGGUAUGUCACCUUUAAUGGGAGCUUAUAUUGAGUGACGUACAGAAAUAGUAAGGAUGUUAUUUGAUAAAGGAGCAGAUUAUAAUAAAUGUGACAAUGACGGUUGUAGACCUGUAUUGAGAGCUGCCAGGUAGAUAUCGACAUACAGAAAAAGUAAGGAUAAGAUGAAAUAAUUACUUUUUCUACGCUGUCAAUAUUUUGACUGGACGAU